CGGAAAAGGUCUGGUAAACGAGCACACCUGAAACUAAGCACAGCUCUAUACCUUGUUUAAGCGUUCUGGCAAGCAAGUUCACUAAUUGGAAAGCGAAAGGUUUUCUAUUUGGAGUCUCUGUGUUUGGAAUUGUAGCCUCCUGUUGCCGCAGCAGUGAAUAAUUGGAUAAAUUGAUAGUUUAACUGAUUCCACAAGACAUUGCAGAGACAUGUAUCUAUCUUCACUCCUCACUUUUGUCACAUUUGCCGGAAUCUGGUGGCUUUACACAUGGCGCAGGAGGACAUUUUCACUGAUGAAAAAGCUUGGAAUACCGGGACCGGAACCAAACCUCCUGUGGGGAAAUAUGUACAUCAUUUGGAAAAAGGGUCUUGCUCCAACCUGUCAUGACUGGCUGCAGAAGUACGGAGACAUUGUCGGGUAUUUCAACGGUAUCAUGCCCGGCAUAGUCCUGCGUGAUGCUAACCUCAUCGAGAAAGUCUUCGUUACGAAUUUCAAGUCGUUCUCUGGAAGACAGAUAAUGGUGGUGGCUUCCAAGAACCUUCCAUUCAACAAGCUUCGGCUAACAAGACUCUCUGGCGAAGAGUGGCGGCAGCUGAGAAGCAUUGUGUCUCCCGCUUUCAAGAAGACCAAUGUGAAACAGACGGUGCCCAUGAUGAGUGCGUGCACGUGUCGUUUCUUUGACAUCGUCGACGAACUCACGAGCCGCCAGGGUUCGAGCGUCGAGCUGUUCAAGCCAUUCGUUGACCUGGCGGCCGACAUUUCACUGCGGUUCUGCGCCGGCAUAAACUCGAACGUGCAACGAGGUGAUGAAAGGGCUCGCGCUCUCGUCCACUUCGCACGCAAGAACAUAGGCCAGUUCAACGGAUUCUUCUUGUUUCUUUUCAAUAUACUGCCAAACACUCCGUGGCUUCACAACCUAGUUCUCUUUGUUCGGAAGAUGUUCACACGACUUCCAUCCGAAGAGUUUGUGGAAAAAAUGCGCCCUUUCAUCGAACACCGUCGCCACCGCAAAACUGUAAAUUACUGCGACGUGCUGCAGCUUCUUUUGAAUUCAGAGGACGAACACGGACGUGCAAAUGGCAGUUCAGAUGUGAAUACCCAAAGAUCUGCAGGUACAAACAGUAAAAACUACUUAUCUAUGAGAACAGAAACAAAUAUCUGUCUUUUUCUAACCGCCAGCAUCGACGUGGUUGCUGUCAGCUUAACAAUGACGUCUUACCUUCUGGCGAAACACCAGCUUGCGCAGAUGAAGGUUAGACAAGAAGUAAGAGCGGUAUUGAAGAACAAGAAAGCUCUCACAUUUGACGACGUAUCAUCUCUCACGUACCUAAACCAGGUAAUACUUGAGUCGCACCGGCUUUACCCACCUCUACCUGGGUCGGUGCGCCGAGUGGCUGUGGAAGAUUACUGCGAAGGAGAUUUCAGAAUACCCAAGGGCACCGACGUGUUUGUGCCAGCACUAGACAUUCACUACGACUCGAACUUGUGGCCAGAACCAGAGAAGUUUGACCCAGAUCGAUUCAGCCCCGAAAACGCUGACUCAAUCAAGCCCACUGCGUACCUGCCUUUCGGACUCGGUCCACGGAUGUGCAUAGCCACGGUACUGGCCCAGACGGAGAUAGCAUUGAUUAUCGCCAUGCUUGUGUCUCGGUACAACCUGGAGCUACCAGCGGAAGAACUUGCAAACGACGACAACGUUUACACAGCGACGGCGCUGCUGGGGCUUCCGAGAAAAGGACUGCGGAUAAAACUGACUCGACUCCCAGAUUCUCACCCCGAGCCUGGAACAGAAUAAAGCUUUGCUUCCCCACCUAACACUCCUGCAAAUACGUAACCAAUUAACCAAUAAAUCGCAAACACCUUAAUUCUGGCUGGUGGAAUUCA